GAAGAAAUCUCAGAAUUUAUCACCGACAGAAGGAAAAGAGUCGUUGGAGAUAGAGAAGGGAAGAGAAAAGAGUUGUGGAAUAUUCACCGACGCGGUGGCGACGAACACGGACUCCGACGGAGGAGAGACGCGCAACAGUCGUCUCCAGGUGUUCCUCUCGUCGUUGUUUUCGACUAUUGGAGGCGUUUUCGGGAGUAACCAUCAAGAGCAAGAGCCAGAUAUGGCUACCGGAGCUUGUUUGCCGCAUGAACUGCAAAGGGGUGAAAAUAAGCCGAAGAAUGUAGCAGUAGAAGGACGGAGUCGACGGGUUCUCCAGGAUAUUGGGAAUCUUGUGGAUGUUUCUAAGCGCAUCACAAGGCAAGAAGCAGAGAAGAACAAGAAACCAAGCCUUGCAACAACGAAAGUAUUAGCAGCAGGGAAGAUUGUUCGCCCAGAAGGACCUGAAGUUAUUACUAUUAGCUCUGAUGAAGAAGAUAGUGAGGAAGUAAAGAAGGAAAAGAAGAAGAAAGAACCUGCUAAAGUCAUAAACUCUAAACAGAACUCAACCAAGAAGAAUGUGAAGACCCUCAGUGCAAUCCUCUCUGCUCGAAGCAAGGCUGCUUGUGGACGUACUUACAAACCAAAGGAUCAGGUGCUAGACGUUGAUGCAUCUGACGUGGACAAUGAAUUGGCAGCUGUUGAGUACAUCGACGAACUCUACAAGUUCUACAAAUUUGCAGAGAGUGAUAGCCGUGUGUACGAUUACAUGGGGUCACAACCUGAUGUGAAUGCUAAGAUGAGAGCGAUUCUUGUGGACUGGUUGAUAGAAGUACAUCGUAAAUUUGAACUCAUGCCUGAAACUCUUCAUCUGACUAUAAACAUCGUGGACCGUUUCCUUUCCUUGAAGGCUGUGUCCAGAAAGGAGCUUCAGCUGGUUGGCAUCAGUUCCAUGCUCAUAGCCUGCAAAUAUGAGGAGAUUUGGUCCCCAGAGGUGAAUGACUUUGUGUGCAUAUCAGACAACGCCUAUAAAAGAGAACAGGUUCUGGUGAUGGAGAAAACAAUCUUAAGGAAGCUAGAAUGGUAUUUAACUGUUCCUACACCAUACGUCUUCCUUGUCCGGUAUAUCAAAGUCUCUUCUCCCUCUGAUAAGGAGAUGGAGAACAUGGCGUAUUUCCUAGCUGAACUUGGCCUAGUUCACUAUGCCACUGUAAUAUUGUAUAGCCCCUCUGUUAUUGCUGCUUCUGCUGUGUAUGCUGCUCGCUUUACCCUUGGUAGGAGCCCAUUCUGGACACAGACUCUUGAACAUUACACAGGCUUAUCUGAGGACAAAUUAAGGGAAUGUGCUAAACUCAUGGUGAGCUUUCACUCGCUGGCUGGUGAGAGCAAGUUGAAAGCAGUUUUCAAGAAAUUCUGUAAUCCAGAUCGUUGUUCAGUUGCUCUUAUUCCCCCAGGGAAGCUUUUGCUGGUAGAGAACGUCAGAUGAACAGAUUGAUAUUUCAGUCCAUGGAACUUCUAGGAUAAUAUUAACAAUAGGUAGAGUUAAAACGUUGUUUAGGAAGAUCAUGUCUGUAAUGAUCACUUAGUUUUCUUCUUGGUUUGGAUAUUGAAGUGUGAAACUUAAAAUAUUUGGUUUCUGGUUAGUUUGUUGCCAAAAAGUAUUUUGUAUAUGCAAAUGGCGGUGAAGGGUUGUAAUUUUGGUUGCUUCCACAUAUUACAAACUGUGUUAGCUUGAUGUCUUCAUCAUACUUCAGCAUGCUAU